UCUUUCCUCGUGUGGGUGGUUCUCCGGACAGCCUGGCAACCUUCGCGUGGCCAUGGCGGUUCCUUGCGUUGGGUAGCGCAUGGGAGGGGGAGGAGAACGAAGAAGAUGACGAUCCAAAUCGAAAUGGGAGGAGCGAGGGACCCCGAAUGGGGACUGGCGGGCGUAAACCAGAGCCCACGGUUGCCGCCCGUCCGUGUGCUGGUCCUGUCGGGCUCCGGUAAGCGCAUUGACCAAGAGGUGGUGUUUUCACCCUCGUCGGCGCCCGCCACUCCGGCCCUGGUGCUGUCCAACUCCGGGAAGCGGAUGGACCCGUCGGGGAAGAAGAAGUACGUGAAGCAGGUGACCGGGCGGCACAACGACACGGAGCUGCAUCUCGCGGCGCAGCGCGGGGACCUCGCGGCGGUGCGGAUGAUCCUCGGCGAGAUCGACGCGCAGAUGACGGGGACGGCGGUGGGAGCGGACUUCGACGCCCAGGUGGCGGAGAUACGGGCCGCCGUGGUGAACGACGUCAACGAGGUGGAUGAGACGGCGCUGUUCACGGCGGCCGAGAAAGGGUUUCUCGAUGUGGUGGUGGAGCUGCUCAAGUACUCCGACCAGGAGAGCCUUGUGAGGAGGAACAAAUCCGGAUUUGAUGCUCUCCAUAUCGCUGCCAGAGAAGGACACCAAGCAAUUGUUCAGGUGCUUAUAGGACAUAACCCAGCUCUUGUCAAAACUUUUGGUCAAUCAAAUGCAACUCCCCUUAUAACUGCAGCAACAAGAGGACAUACUGAAGUUGUAAAUCUCUUGCUUGAACAAGAUCCUAGCUUAAUUGAGUUAUCGAAAAACAACGGAAAAAAUGCCCUGCACUUUGCUGCACGACAGGGUCAUGUGGAAAUUGUAAAAGCACUACUAGGAAAGGAUUCACAACUUGCCAGAAGGACCGAUAAGAAAGGGCAGACUGCUUUGCAUAUGGCAGUGAAGGGAACAUGUUGUGGGGUUGUUAAAGCCCUUGUGGAUGCUGAUCCAGCACUUGUGAUGCUUCCAGACAGAGCAGGGAACACAACAUUACAUGUCGCCGCAAGAAAAAAACGUGUAGAGAUAGUUAAUCUUCUACUGCUCCUCCCAGAAACUAAUGUGAACACAUUGACCAGAGAUCAUAAAACUGCUCUUGAUAUUGUUGACGGCCUGCCUCUUUCUGAAGAGUCUGCUGACAUUAAGGACUGCUUAUCUCGUUGUGGGGCAUGCAGAGCCGAUGAACUAAACCAGCCACGAGAUGAGCUGCGGCAGACUGUAACCGAGAUUAAAAAUGAUGUUCACAUACAGCUUGAGCAGACCCGGAAAACAAACAAAAAUGUCCACGGUAUCGCUAAGGAGCUCAAGAAACUUCACAGUGAAGGCAUUAACAAUGCCACCAACUCUGUCACCGUGGUUGCUGUGCUCUUUGCUACCGUCGCUUUCGCGGCUAUCUUUACGGUCCCCGGUGGAACCGAUGACAAUGGAGCUGCAGUAGUUGCACAAAAGGGGAGCUUCAAGGUAUUUUUCAUCUUUAAUGCUAUUGCUCUGUUCACCUCACUGGCCGUGGUGGUGGUUCAGAUAACGCUGGUCAGGGGAGAAAUGAAGGCGGAGAGGCGUGUCGUCGAGGUUAUAAACAAGUUGAUGUGGCUGGCCUCCGUCUGCACCAGCGUUUCUUUUAUUGCCUCGUCCUAUAUUGUCGUCGGCCGGCAUUUCGAAUGGGCCGCAGUUCUGGUCACGCUAAUAGGAGGUGUGAUAAUGGCCGGGGUUCUCGGGACCAUGACUUUCUACGUCGUGAAGACGAAGCGGACCCGUUCGAUGAGGAAGAGGGAGAAGUCCAUGAGGAGUGGCUCCAACUCAUGGCAUCACCCCUCUGAGUUCUCUGAUUCCGAGAUCGAUAGCAUCUAUGCCAUCUAAUCCCAGGUAACUGCGGCUAACCCUCAGCUUCUGCAUCAUCCUUCUACAUCGGAUCUCUGCCGUACCAUAGACUAUUUGUUGCUACCUGUGCCAAGGAAUACCGAUUUGUAUCGCUUGCUGUAUGGCUUAUUUCCAGCCAUGAACUUGUGACCCAUUUCGGUCGAUAUGCUCUGCAGAAAUGGAUAAUCCACUUCUCUUGUCAAGCUCCUCA